AUGUAUGGCUACACCCUCUUUGGCCAUCUUGAUGGAACCAGUCCGUCCCCUAGUCGUACGAUUACCCUCGGCACGAAUAUCUCUCCCAAUCUUGCCUUCUUAACUUGGUUCUGUCAGGAUCAACUCAUCCAGAAUGCUCUCAUGGAUUCUGUCGAACCCACUAUUGCCCCUAUUGUUGCAGUCGCUGACUCGGCUAAAUCAGCUUGGGAUGCCUUGCAUACCACUUAUGCGAACAAAUCUCAAACUCGAGUCUUUAGUCUGCGUGAUCAGCUUGCCCGUGUCACUAAGGACUCUCGCUCCAUUACUGAAUAUAUUCAUACUAUUCGGUCCUUUUCGGAUGAGUUAGCCACUGCUGGUGCUCCUGUUUCCAAUCUUGAACUCAUUGUCAAAAUACUUAGUGUUCUAGACUUUGAACUCUUCCUCCGCCACAAGGAUGCUAAGAAACUAUCUAGUACCAUCACUGUUGCAGUUGCUAAUCCUACUAAAUUCAACUCCAAUAAUCGCAAAAACCUUAUACAAACCAACAACUCUCAAAAAUGGCGCCAGAACUUGCGUCCAAGCGCUCCACCACAAGGGCAAUCCAGUUCAAAUCUAAACGGUAUUAUUCGCUGUCAACUAUGUAACAAAAUUGGCCACAUUGCCAAUGUUUGCCGCUCGAGAUCUCAGAAUCACUUAAAGCAAAAGCCAACUAUGCCGCUGGGCUUACAACGGAGACCAAUCCCUGGAUAG